CUUUAGGCAACAUCAUCGUCAUGACAUACACAGCUGCCAGGGUUAAGCAGGAGAUUGCGAAAGAAGUGAGUGAAGCCUUGGUAUCUAAUGUAUGAGAAGAACCAAAACUUACAACGAUAAGGGAAUGCUUCCGUGGCCCAAGUUCUUUGCACAAAACACGGAUAUGAGCAUCGGCCGUGUACUGCGCUGGUUCCAGAGGAAGAGAUUGUUUUCAUCAAUUCUUCGACUGAAGUGGCUUUCGCCAGAGCAUCACAGCGAGAAAACUCCCGUCGGAGCCCUGCUUCUCCAUUUCGUCAGCUGUACCAUCCUUAUAUUCGCGACCUACAAUAUGAGCCCGAAAGAUGCCUACACACUGCUUACAUCCCUGAGCGCCUAUGUCAUCAAUGCCUUCAUCGGGACGUUCCUGGGGCUGGGCAUUCUCAUCUUACGGUUCCGCGGACCUCCGACUACCCUUACCGACGACGACGCCUCGACAUUUGGGAAAGACCCGCCGCAGUUGCCGCGUACUUGGGCCGAGAUGACUGGAAAACGUUUCCGUCCCUUCCUGUCCGUCUUUUGCGCUUUCGUAUACAUGUGCGGUGGGCUUUACCCGGUGAUCACCAACUGGGUUCCUCCUUCCAAGUACCUAUCUACGCAAUUGAAUCCCUGGUGGGUGAUUCCCACGGUCUCAUGGAUCAUCAUCGGUCUAGGUGUUGCUUGGUUCAUCGGCUUCGUUCUUGUCGCUCGUUAUAUCGAGAGGAAGGACCAUAGAGUAUUCGUGGUGGAGAAGAAGCCGGAAUUCGAGCAGGCAGAUAGAAGCAGCCGGGGCACUACGGAAAUUGGGCCCGAUCUUAUACAGGUCCAUGAGACUGUAUAUCUGAGCUGGGUUGGAAGGGAAGCGCUUCGUGCCCGACGUCCGGUGUUUGACGACUCCAGACAAACUAAUGCCGAUAUGAGGGAAACACCAAUGUCUCCUUUCGCCGGGACUGAUUUUGCUGCAUUCAUGCAGCAAUCGCCAGGAAGAGAAGGGCAUUGGGGAUGGCGUAGGGAGGGUGGUGCUUGACAUCCUGGUCUGGGAGGAAGACCGAGGAGGAAAAGAGAAUGGAGGUUUGUUGGGUUCAAAUUAUCGAUAGACGGUA